CGCCGCCGCCGUAGGGGCCGCCGCCACCCGCGGCCACCGGCACCGGCGAAGGGUGGGUGGGUAGCAGUAGUAGUGGGGGGGGGGGGUGUGUCGCGGGGCCAUGUCCGGUCGCGACAGCGUCCAGAUCCCCGACGACCGGGACUUCGGGGCAUUCCGGGCGGAGUGCGAGUCGGAGCGGGGCUGGAGCCUCACCUACAGCAAGGCGGGGGUGGCCGUCUGGGUCCAGCUGCUGGAGCCCGAGCGCUCCCUCCACAAGAUCAAGUGCAGGAUGGAGUGCAAGGACGUGCCGGCGGAGACGCUCUACGACGUGCUGCAUGACAUCGACUAUCGGAAAAAGUGGGACACCAACGUCAUCGAGACCUUUGACAUCGGGAAGCUGACCGUCAACUCCGACGUGGGCUACUAUGCCUGGAAGUGCCCCAAGCCCCUGAAGAACCGGGAUGUCAUCACGCUGCGUUCCUGGCUGCCCAUGGGCACCGACUACAUCAUCAUGAACUACUCCGUCAAGCACCCCAAAUACCCCCCCCGCAAGGACAUGGUGCGAGCGGUCUCCAUCCAGACGGGCUACCUGAUCGAAGGGACGGGAGCCAAGAGCUGCACCAUCACCUACCUGGCCCAGGUGGACCCCAAAGGUUCCCUGCCCAAGUGGGUGGUGAAUAAAUCCUCACAGUUCCUGGCCCCCAAGGCGAUGAAGAAGAUGUACAAGGCUUGCCUGAAGUACCCGGAGUGGAAGCUGAAGCACAACCCGCACUUCAAGCCCUGGCUGUUCCCGGAGCAGAGCCGGCUGCCGGCGGUGCCGCUCGCCGAGCUCUCCCUGCAGCACGCCGACUCCCUGGAGAACAUCGACGAGAGCUCCUUGGCCGAGACCAAAGACGACCGCGGCGAGGCCAGCGACGAGGACAGCGUUAAUUAACACCCCACCCCCCGGGGGAUAUUUUGUCCCUGUGACACCCCCCACCCCCCCCCCAGCUCCCCGCUGUCCCCCUCCCAGCCCCCCCCCCCCGACGCGGUUUGGGGCUCUCUCACGCGUGUGUGUGCGCUCACACUUUCUGGUUUGAAGGGAUGGGGGGGGGACGGGACACCCCGGUGCUGCCAUCCCGCCCUCCCCUCAUCGCUUGGGGGGGGGGGUUAGCGGGGGCGGAUAGCUGAGACACACACCCCCCCCCCGCCCCCCAACUGGGAGCCGCCACACCCCCGGGGUGGGAAGUUGGGGGGUGUCCGGUUCUUUCGCAGCCACCGCAGGACACUGAUGUCCCCAUCGGUGACAAACCCAAAGUGCCCUUCAGCUCUCACCCUCGGGGGGGGGGGGGGCAAAAAUGAAAUUGGGGGACCCCGCCCCGGCUCCCCAGCCCUGAGGGUACCCCCACGCUCCCCCUCUGCUCCGCUGUCCCUCCUCUUCAUCACUUCUGUUACUGACAACUGCCUUCCUCCCGCGGGACCCCCAGCCUGAGUGGACCCCCAGGGUGGGGGGGCUUGGGGGGGGGGGUGUUCUGUGGCACCCCCAGGCAUGUUGAGGCGGGGGGGCGGGGUGUGUGGUGUGUGUGUUUUUGGGGUCUUGCAGCAUCUCCAGGCAUGCGGGGGGGGGGGGGGGGGGGUGGGGGGGUGCUCCUGGCUUGUCCAAGCAUGCGGGGGGGGGUGCUUGCAGGGUCCCGGCACCUCCAGGCAUGUUCGGGGCGGGGGUGUGUGUCUUUUUUUUUGGGUCUUACAGCACCCCCAGGCAUGCGGGGGGGGGCGGGUUUGGCAUGUCCCUGGCACCUCCAGAUGUGCUGGGGGGUGGGGUCUUGGGGGCUCCCGGCACCUCCAUGGAUGUUGGGGAGACCUUGGGGGGGGACGCUCCCAACACCUCCAUGCAUGUUGGGGGAACUUGGGGGGCUCUCAACACCUCCAGGUGUGCUGGGGGGUCUUGGGAACCUUCUCAGCAUCUUCAGGUGUGUUGGGGGGGGGGGGGAAGCGCUCAGCACCUCCAGAUAUUCUGCGGGGACUCUGAGCAUCUCCAGAUGUUCUGGGGGUCACUGGGGGCUCCCAGCACCUUCAGGUACUUUGGGGGGACUUGGGGGGGGUCUGCCAGCACCUCCAAGCGUGUUGAGGGGGGGGGGUUCCUGCACACCCCCCCCUUUUUUCCAGGCGAGGGGCCCCGAGCUUGGUGUGUGAACACUUUCUAUGUUAGAAUUAGAGGCCUUGAAUCGGGAUUUUGGAGCUGUUCCUUGGCCGUGCUCCCCCCUGCAUCCCCCCCCCCCCCCCGCUUUGCCGGGUGGGGGUGGGUAGGCGAGGGGAGGAAGGAGAUUUUGUACCUUGUACUGGAGCUGAUUAUUUAGGAAUAAAACAAAUAAAUCCA